AUGCGUGAGCACAAGUCGCUCGCGAACCUCAAGAAGUGUAUAUUUGCAGCGAACGAAAUGCCACUUCUUGGCCGCAUCGCGGGUGAAAACGGUGUACGCCCUGAUCCGAAAAAGAUCAAGGCUAUUAGCGACUGGACCGUAGCAGUGGACGUCAAGGGACUUCGAAAGUUCCUUGGCUUGGCGGUGUACUUGCAUAAGUACUCGCGCAAUUACGCCGAGAUGACCGUACAUCUCUCUCGUUUGUUAAAGAAACGAUAG